CUCCACAGGAAUUAAUUCAAGACAAAGCAAAUUAAGCCGUGUUGUGUCACUUGUGCUUUCAAGAUUGCAUUACACAAACCUAGCGCAAGGAUCAGACUCAUUAUCAUGCUUACAAAACCUUAUACCUAUCAUAAUUACACGCUGGUGAGGAUGGUAAUAAUUAUGACCAAAUAUAAAAAUUGUAUCAGUAUUCAAGUUCGCAACUAGACAAAGUGCAUGGUUCGUUGCCCGUGAAGUGGAAAUGGUAAUAUCUCCUAUCAAAGCCUUCUCUCUGCAUUUUGCAGACUAGUUCAGUGUUGCUUGCGAACAGCUGAUGAGUACCGUGCCGAAGAAGUCCAUCAAGAGCGCGUAAAACGCGAUUUUUUUUUCUUCAACAAACUGAAAUGUGCAAUGAAAUAAAGAAAAUGUGCGAAUGUAAAGACGAGAUUGACUGUGGAGGUAUUGAAAUGGCGUUUAGUGUAUAAAUGGGUUUUAAAGAAACGCCAAUUGGUCAUGCGGGGCAUGUUUUCGCGGUUUUUUAUAGCCGCGUGGAUAUUAUUCGGAACUGUGCUCAAUCUUCAGGUAACGGAAACCAAUUUAAGGGGCUUAUUAACCAAUCUGGAGUGGCUAUCGCUCAUAGGAAGUUCAAAUUCAGGAUCGAAAUUCUCGAUAGUCUAUCCACAUUUAACAACCAGUGACGAUGCCUUAGUCAAAAAACUUGAAAUUGAAACACCCGAAAAGAAAUUUAUGUUUGAACUAGUCCCUAAUCCUGAUCUCUUAUCCAAAAAUUUUCUAGUUUUUGAAACGUUUGCGAACGGAUCGUAUCCAAUGCAUUUUAUCGAUGAUGAUGCUAGAUGUCACUACAGGGGAGACAAAUCAGCACUUUGUUUAUGCAACGGAAUUAAGGGACUUUUAUAUUUCGACAAUGAUUCGCUGUAUAUCAUCCACCCAUUACCACAAAGAUUGCACACCAACUCAUCAAUUCAACCUCAUAUUAUCGUCGUUCGCAAACACAAUAACAAAUCCUGCCAUCACUACCACAACACGACACUGCCUGAAGAUAUUCCAAAAGCAACCAAAGAUUCAAAGGCCAAAAAAAUAAAAAGUCUGAGCCGUUCAAAAAGGGAAGUCCUCCCUUUUGGCACACCUGUUUUCGUAGAAACUGCCGUUUUUGUAGAUAGAGACUUAUUUGAACACAUGAAAACUAAUUUUCCUGUUGAAACUGAACGCGAGUUGAUUCGGUUUGUUCUUGCCAUGAUAAAUGCCGUGCAAUUGCUUUACCACGACCCAAGCCUAGGAAGACCGGUCAAUUUUGUGUUAAAAAGACUUGAAAUUUUGAAAGAAGAAGCUGCAGGUUUGGUUAGACCACCUGAUAUUGAUCGGUUUCUAUCGAAUUUUUGCAUAUGGCAAAGAACUAAAAAUCCUGUAGGCGAUCGGGAACCGCAACAUUGGGAUCAUGCUUUGAUUUUGACAGGGUUGGACUUGUACGUUAGGGGCAAACAUGGAAAAAUAUCGAAUCAAGUUGUGGGUCUAGCACCGGUGGCUGGAAUGUGUACAACAACUAGUAGUUGUACUGUUAAUGAAGGAAGGCAUUUUGAAAGUGUUUAUGUUGUUGCGCACGAAAUUGGGCACAAUUUAGGGAUGAGGCACGAUGGGCCUCUGGCUGAUAACGACUGUGAUCCUGCUGGUUAUAUCAUGUCGCCAACUUUAGGAAGUGGUAAAAUUACAUGGUCUGCGUGUAGUAGAAGAUAUUUGGAAAAAUUUUUAGAGACAUCACAAUCACGGUGUUUGCUUGAUCAUGGGAGUUCAGCAGGUCAGCUUGACCAUAGUGCUGAAGGGGCUUUGCCUGGCGAACGAUUCGAUGCUGACCAGCAAUGUAUGUUAAAAUACGGUCGUGGCAGCCGCCACUCUUCCCAACAACCUCUCGACGACGUCUGUCGCGACCUACACUGCGAACGAGAACGCUACACUUGGACAUCCCAUCCUGCUUUGGAAGGCACCAUGUGCAGCCACAACAUGUGGUGUAAGGGCGGCAGAUGCAUUUCCCGAGGCUAUCCUGUCAGUGCUGCUUACAGCACGGUCUCUCAAACUCCUUCACGUCAUGUGGAACAAAAUUCGGGAACUUGGAGUAAAUGGAAACCAUACAGUGAUUGUGCUUCUGGAUGUCUUUUUGGCGAAGAAGGGCGGUUACGUUCCGGAAGCACUGGAAUUAUGGCUUCUAGUAGAAUUUGCAACAAUCCUCGUGGUAGCGAAAAUUACUGUGAAGGGCAAAGUAAGAGAUACCAGGCUUGCAACGCCCAGCAGUGCCUUAAUGUGCCACGGCUGACUAUAAGAGAGUUUGCUGAGCAAAUCUGCACAAGGGCUACGGACGUAGAUAAGGAUUUGACCGGUUUAGGAAUGCAGAAACUCAGUUCGGAUCCUGAAGAGGCUUGUCUUGUGUGGUGUCAAAAACGCAACGGAGGCACAAAAAGCCGUGGAUGGACUUUUCCUGACGGAACAGUUUGCCAAACUCGACGCUCUCUUUACGGAAAGUCAAGUUAUUGUAUCAAUGGACGUUGUGAAGAGUUUGUCUGUGACUCUUUCGAACAAGCAACCUUCGCUCAAAUGCCCGAGUUAUGUCCAGUCGAACGCACCGACAAUGAACUCCUCUGGAGAACCGGACUUAGAGGAAGAUCCAAUGCAGUUGUCAAAUGGAAAAGUGCGAGUGGUUGUCAUUUUAACUGUAUUUCCCCAGGAACUGGUGUCAGAUUGGUGAUGAGUAAAGGCAAACAUGCUAAAUCUAGCAUUCAAUUGUGUCAACCGGAUCAAUAUGGUUGUGGACGGAUAAAAUCUCCCUUUCAACAUGCUUCCAUGAUUUGCAACAAAUAUAAAGACAGGGUUGGGAGGCUGUCGGGGAUCGGCAUGCAAAUUCCGCCAGCAGUUGAGGAUCCAGAUAGACCUUGCCGAGUGGCCUGUCAGGACGAGAACAUAUCGCACCGCUAUUACUUGGUUAAUGGAGAAGAAGGCUGGUUUCCUUUCGGCACUGAUUGCUCUAGGAGCGGUGCAGAAAAGAAAGCUUACUGCAUUAGCGGCAAGUGUUUGGAAUUUGGUUCUGAUAAAACUCCGCUAUCUGAGAGCGAAUUUACUCUUCCAUUACUGUCAAGGAGUCGCAGAUCUCUCGAGUUAAACAGCACAAGAGUGAUGGCAAAAUUAAAUCAACGGCAACUGGAGCAAAUCAUUAAAGAACUGAAUAGAACUUUAUCAGGAAACGUAAAAAGUGAUUAUCGGUUUGACAUCGACUUAAGUAAUCCGAUUCAUGUUGAUAUGGACAUGGAAUCCGUGCAAUAUCAUACUAAAAAGCAAUCUACUGAUUUUUUAAAUUAUACUUAAAGCCUUAGGUAGUAAAAAAAUGUGAUUAUUAUGAUGUUCCAUCUUAGAUUAUUAAUUAGAUACAUCUAUGUGAAAGAAAAAAUAUAUCUUUAUAAA